UAUCAGCUGAUGCCUGAAAAUGCCACUGCUGGCCAGGAAGUGCUCAAGAAAAUAAAAACGAAACCACACGGAGGAUCUAAGUCAGCAUGCUCUAAUGCUCCCGACGUUCACGGAUGCUGGUUAGGUGAAAUAAGGACGGGGAGAUAUGACAAAUCAGGGCAGCGAUCAAGCCUGGGGGAAACUGGUGAAAGUGGACGCAUCUCCAGGUUCGGAGAUAGUGCUUAUAAAUAGUGAAUGCACUGUUGGGAGAAAGAAAGAUUGUGACCUCUCUUUCCCGGCUAAUAAACUGGUCUCAGGAAAUCAUUGCAAAAUCACUCAUGAUCAAAACUCAGGAAAGGUGUGGCUGGAAGACAUGAGCACCAACGGAACUGUGAUCAACAUGUCCAAAUCAUUAAAGAAACAGACGCACUUACUGCAGAAUGGUGAUGUCAUUUACUUUGUGUACAGGAAGAAUGAGCCAGAGCAAAACAUUGCUUAUGUUUAUCAGUCCAUCAUGCCACAGGAAAGUGCCUCACAUGAUGUUGAAGAUGCAGGGAGAGAAGAUGAUUCUGAUCUGACAGAAACCGAGAGUGAACCAGCACCAGUAGAGCCUGUUAUCGUGAAGCCUUUACCUCAGUCUGGGCAUGAGGAUCCUCAGCCAUCUACCUCCAGCUCUUCCCUACACUUCUACAACAUGCCAUUGUCUACCUGCUCUGAUGUGUCUGCAAGAAAGAAUCCAGUCAGUUCUUCAGUUGUUUGUAAAGAAGACUCUGCUCCAUCAGGAAGUCCCGCUCAAACCCGGCUGAAGUGGACCUGCUGGACUGAUGGAGAGCCGGAGGAGGAAAUGCAGAGGAAAAGAAGAAAAACUGACAGAGAUGAUCCAGGGUUUGGAUCUGCUCACAGUGAUGUUCCUGCGGACAUUCCCCUCAGAGGAGCAAGUGGAAAAGACAAAUCUGAAGGAGCCACAACAGACAAGAUGGAGGAAUCCCUCACAUGCAUCAUUUGUCAGGACCUGCUUUAUGACUGCAUCAGUGUUCAGCCUUGCAUGCAUACGUUUUGUGCGGCCUGUUAUUCUGGCUGGAUGGAGCGUUCCUCUUUCUGUCCCACCUGCCGAUGUCCUGUGGAGAGGAUUCGCAAAAACCACAUCCUCAACAACCUGGUGGAGGCUUAUCUUCUUCAGCACCCGGGGAAGUGUCGGACUGUAGAUGACUUGCGCAGUAUGGAUGCCAGAAACAAGAUCACACAGGACAUGCUACAGCCGAAGGUCGAGCGAUCAUUCUCGGACGAGGAGGCCAGUUCAGACUAUCUGUUUGAACUCUCAGACAACGACAGCGACAUUUCUGACAUGAGCCAACCCUACAUGAUGUGUCGUCAGUGUCCGGGUUAUCGGAGGGAGCUCAGCUCGGCCCUGUGGAUCUGUGAGUCGGCACAGUCAGAGAGUCCAGCUAAAGCUGCUGGAGACGGUCCAUCUACAUCCUCUGAUUCCACCACAGCAGCUCCUCAGGAGUUCAGAUGUCCUCCUCAGGCCAGUCACCUGAUCUGCACUUGCUGUCUACAGCCCAUGCCGGACCGCCGCUUCGAACAUCUUCCCCCUCAGGUGUCCCCGCAGCACUGUUUGGUGUGCCAGAAACCGUUCUGUCACGUGUACUGGGGCUGCCCGCGGAUCGGCUGUCAUGGCUGUUUAGCACGUUUCAGCGAACUUAACCUCAACGAUAAAUGUCUGGAUGGAGUUUUUAAUGGCAAUCAAUACGAGUCUGAAGUCCUUCAGAAUUAUCUGAGCUGUCGAGGGAUGAGCUGGAGGCAUUUGCUGCAGGACUCGCUGCAGGCUCUACAGCAGGGGCUCUACCAUCUCUCUGAUUAUAGAAUCACUGCCAACUCCUUUCUGUGCUACUGCUGUGGACUUCGCACUUUUCGAGAGCUCGCGUACAAAUACAGAGAGCGUAUUCCUACAUCAGAGCUUCCAGAUACUGUGACCAACAGACCAAACUGUUACUGGGGACGCAACUGUCGAACUCAAGUGAAAGCACAUCAUGCACUGAAGUUCAACCACAUAUGUGAGCAGACCCGUUUUAAGAACUGAGGCUGACGGAGCGGCUCACUGUUUAAACAGCACUGGUUUGGGAUGCUUGUUCAUCUCUGUAGCUUCAUUAUUCGGUUGCCUAUGAGUAACUUCGACAGGUGGUAAACACAUGCAAAGUCAAUCAGAUGAUCAUAAAGCAAUCAUCCAUCAGCUUACAGAAACAUCUACACAUGUAUGGACAUAUUUUCCUUUCAUUUCACUGUUUUGUCCAUUUUCAUUGCAUCUCUGCUUGUAAUCGUAAAACAAAAUAAUGCUGGCAAUCACUUUUAAAAGAUAUAUACAUGUAUACAAAAUACACAAUAACUAACCUUUAGUGCCUAAAAGGAUGCAUUUUCUGUGCAAAUAUCACUUAGUUCUUUUCAAUGUAACCUUAUUGUUAUUCCAUGCUACUGAGAACAUCAAAAAUGAUGUAUGUUAUAUAAAAGAAAAAGGGGUCUUGUUAUAGAGGUGAUUUAAGAUCAAGUGCACUAAACUCUCUCACUAGCUAAUCAGCAACGAUAGCUGAAAUGUGUGCUUUUUAGGCCAGUAAUGUAUGAGUAUGUUCUGAUUUGCAGGGCAGACGUACAGUGUGAGGGAUGCUUUUGUAAGAGGAGACUGAGGGUUUUAUCGCAGCGCAGGAGAUAAUCAUGUCAAAUCUGAUGUAUAAUAAAGAUUUCGAUGCUUUUGCAUGUA